AUGGACUCGACAGCGUACCCGCAUAUCAUGGAGAGCAUCAUUGCGCAGUGCUCCUCUGCCUCGACGCUACUCGCACUCCGCGCGACAUCCAAGCGCUGGCACGACCUCGUCGACGCUCGUCUAUUCUACCACGUCGUGUUCCGAGCCGAGGAGUACACGCCCAAGCCGAAGAGCAGCCUACAAAAGCUAUUCUACACGUUCAAUAUCAAGAAGCCAACACCGGCACUGCGGUACACAAUGGCCCUACCUGCCUCCUCGCCGAUCGUGCAAGACGUGCCCCAGCUUCCGCUCCUCCCGAGGAAAGCCCACAUCCUCGACCUGAGUGGCCCGAUUACGAUCUACUAUGAAUCAACGUACAGCUUCAUCCAGCUAGGCUUUUCUCUCUGGAGCACCAUCCCGUCGCUGAAGGGGCGGGCACUGUCCGACGGCAAGCAGCCCACACCGUACGAGCCGGUCGUCCUCCGGCGGAUAGGCGCGUUCGUCGACGAGGACUGGGAAGGCGUGCGGGACACGGCCGUCGACUUCCUCCACCUCGGACGCGGGCCAGUCGAAGUCACCUUGCCUGUCCGCGCGCCGCGAUACGUCCUCCAUGUCGACUGGCGGGGAGCCGCUGACAGCCGUGUCGGCCUCGAGUUCAGGCGACAGCCGAGCCAGUAUCUGCGCAUGGCGAUUCCCGAGGCGUUUCUCGUCCUGGCACGGCACAGCACGCCGCUACUACGUGAAGUGGUGUCCGACAUCGUCGUGCGUGCCACGAUGGCGUUCAUGACCCACAUGGUGCUCGGGGAGACGGUGUUAACCGUCGUCGGCCUGGAGAGCUGGUCACCCGGCAUCGACGCGGGUGAGUUCAAGCACAGCAUCAGGGAGGAGGCGAUCGCAAUGUACCACCAUCGCGGGCUCGGCGACAACGCGGGCAGGCUCAGUAGCCGGCAACUGAGCGGGUACGAGGGCCCGCGGUUCAUUAUGUUCGAGGAGUGGCUCGGAUCGUUGGGAAAGAUGAAGGAUCUGGUCGGGGUGUGGCCAGAUAGCGAAGUCGACUAUGUAGAAGGCCACGUCAUGUAG